ACUUUUCUUCUCUGCAACUUGGUCUCCGAUAAGUCGCUUUUUCUUUUUCUCCUCCUCUGUACUUUGUGCUGACAACACCAGCGGAGCUUUCAAACAUCACCUCCCGGCAGCUUUUGUCGCUGUCUCUCGGAUGCUUGAGGACUUUAUUUUAGCAGGAUCAUCUUCUGAUGUUUUGAUUCAGAUUCGCUCAGGGAGGCUGAAAAGUGGUACCGGAGUCUGUUUUACAAGAUGGAGUCAGCAGCUCAGUUAACAUCCUAAAGACAAACCGAGAGGACAACAUUCUUCAUUCAGUAGCAGACUCCCCUGUGGUGGUGCCGUUGUUGAACACGGCUUUGUUACCCAUGGACCUCAGGGUGGGAGAGCGGGGGAUGCGCCCUUGUUCGGACACGGCGCUCCUUACCCCGCUGCACCCGCCUUUGCUCCUUACUCCGUUCUCCCCUCAGCCCCGCACCUCCUUCUCCCAGCAACAGCUGCACCAGCACAUCCGGUAUAAUAUGGAGCAGAGGAGGCGAGAGCAGGAGCACCACGAGAAGCAGGAGCUGCAGCAGCUAAAGCACAAAGAGAAGAGUCAGCAGAGUGCAGUAGCCAGCUCUCUGGUGAAACAGAAACUCCAGGAGGUGAUCCUUAAGAAGCAGAAACAGGCGGCGCUGGAGAGAACAAACUCCAACACGCUGGCUGCUCCUUCUGUAGCUUACAGGAAGCUGGGCCCAGACCCGAGUUUAUCGUCCCAGCCUCUCGUCACGUCUCCGACACAGCCUCCGUCCUCUGAGGGUUCAGAGGGGACACCGCUACGCAGAGCAGCAUCUGAGCCUAAUCUGAAGGUUAGAAACAAGCUGAAGAAACACCUGAACACCAGAAAGAGCCCGCUGACCCGCAAAGAGAGCGCCCCGCCUACUGUCAAACACAGAGUACCUGACACACUGGACUCGUCUCCCAGCAGCAGCAGCACUCCGGUUUCUGGCUGUAGCUCUCCUAAUGACAGUCUGCCCAAUGAGAACGGACUGCUGCCAUCUGCAGGCGGACUCUCACAUGAGGCACAGAAGCUGUUGCUCCGAGACGGCACUCUGGCAAACUUCACCGUCCAGAGUCACUCGACUCUGCCCACCAUCACACUGGGACUACCAGCCAACGCCAGGGCUGAAGGAGACCUGUCCUCUCUGAAGGUCGGGCGGGUGCCGGUGGUCACCGCCGGGUCCUCACCGGUCUUCCUCCCCCUGAGCAGAAAGGAUCAGACAGGGCAGCUGAACCCUCAUCUUCCUGUCAUCAUCCUGGAGCCCUCUGGACUUGUGCACACUCCACUGCUAACUGUUCCAGGCUUAGACCCCGUCCCGCUCCAGUUCACCCCACAGUUAGACCACCUCUCUCCAGGAGGCCCUCAGCACCACAAACCUCUGAGCCGAACACGCUCGGAGCCCCUCCCACAGAGCCCUGGGGCCCUUCACACGCAUCUCCUUCAACAACAGCACAACACGCAACUACUGGAGAGGCUCAAACAGCAAACUCACCUGGGAAAGCUGAUGUCUAAGUCCAGUGAGAAGCCCAGGCUGCAUCAGAUCCCCUCAGAGGACAUGGACUCAGAAGACGGUGGCGGCACGUCGCCCACAGAGCCCACCUAUCAGAGCAGAGCAAGGGCAGAGUCCCUGAGGGAGGCGGGGCCAACGGCAUCCAAGAGCCAUGAGGAGCAAAUGAACCUACAGCAUGCACUCAUACUCAACCAGUCACUGCUGUGGGAGCAGCAGAAGCAACUCCAGCAGCUGCAUCGACAAAUGGAAACCCUGGCAGUACCCAUACUACGAGGCGGUGGCGGUGGCGGUGGCGUUGGCAGUGGUUUGGGUGUCCAUCGUCCUCUUUCACGCACACAGUCAUCUCCAGCCUCCACCUCUCUCACCCUGCCUGAGAAGCCUCUGAGCCUGACAGCACAGGAUGCAGGCAGCAAACCACGCUUCACCACUGGCCUGGUCUAUGACUCUCAGAUGCUGAAGCACCAGUGCACAUGUGGAGACAACAGCAGUCACCCAGAGCAUGCUGGGAGGAUACAGAGCAUCUGGUCCCGACUACAGGAGAGAGGCCUGAGGGGACAGUGUGAGAGUAUUCGGGGUCGUAAAGCCACUCUGGAGGAGCUACAGUCGGUCCACACAGAGCGCCACGUACUGCUCUACGGCACCAACCCACUCAACAGACUCAAACUGGAUAAUCGCAAAUUGGCAGGAAUCCUCUCUCAAAGGAUGUUCGUCAUGUUACCAUGCGGGGGUGUAGGGGUUGAUAAUGACACAACUUGGAAUGAGUCUCACACCUCUACAGCAUCACGCAUGGCAGCAGGCAGCGUCGUUGAGCUCGCCUUCAGAGUGGCUAAACGGGAGCUAAAGAACGGCUUUGCUGUGGUCAGACCGCCGGGGCAUCACGCAGACCCCUCUAAUCCGAUGGGUUUCUGUUACUUCAACUCUGUGGCCAUCGCUGCCAAGCAGCUCCAACACAAGCUCAGCGUCAGCAAGAUCCUCAUCGUUGACUGGGAUGUUCACCAUGGUAAUGGCACCCAGGAAGUGUUCUACAGUGACCCCAGCGUUCUCUACAUCUCACUUCAUCGCUAUGAUGAUGGAAACUUCUUCCCUGGGAGCGGCUCUCCAGCUGAGGUCGGUUCUGGAGCAGGGGAGGGCUUCAAUGUGAACGUGGCGUGGACUGGAGGACUGGAUCCACCCAUGGGAGAUGCUGAGUACAUUGCUGCAUUCAGGUCUGUGGUGAUGCCCAUCGCUCAGGAGUUCUCUCCAGAUGUCGUUCUGGUGUCAGCCGGGUUCGACGCUGCAGAAGGAAACCCUGCUCCUCUGGGAGGGUACAAGGUCUCUGGCAAAUGUUUUGGUUUUCUGACCCGUCAGCUGAUGUCUCUGGCUGGAGGUCGUCUGGUUUUGGCCCUCGAAGGAGGUCAUGACCUCACAGCGAUCUGUGACGCGUCAGAGGCCUGUGUCAGCGCGCUCCUGGGCUUACAGGACCCACUGGCAGAAGAAGUCUUACUCCAGAAGCCCAAUGCUAAUGCAGUCCGCUCUCUGCAGACCGUCAUACAAAUUCAGAGUCAGUACUGGCAGAGUGUGAAGACUUCCAGUGGAUCCGUGGGUCUGUCGUACCUUGCUGCUCAGAGGAGAGACUGUGAGGAGACGGAUGCUGUCAAUGCUUUGGCCUCGCUGUCUGUUGGAGUUCUAACCAACAAGAGCCUUCCUGACGAGCCGAUGGAGCACGACAGCGACUCCAUGUAGACGACCAAAGCGACCAAUCACCUUCAGGAUUCGGGCCCCACCUGUAUUCUUCUGACCAGGAUGGGGGAUGUUUUUAUGAUGCCACUGAGCCCCACCCAUCUGCCUUAUUCCUACUCAUCCACACUCCUGAACUCAAUGCUGAACCUCGACAGACCGGCUGUACGAGCACCUCAACGCUGGUGACCACUCCGCUGAAGCCAGCAGCACUACCUGCAACUGGGAAACCUUCAGAAACCUCACCAAAGAGCAAUACAAGAUGACUUUUGAAAGACGUUUUCAUAUCUUCUGACUGACGGUGGAUUUUUGUGUUUUUAAGAAGCACCAAACCUUUGAGCUACGGACAGAAAGCACUAUGUACCAGCAGCUGUUUCUUUGCCUUAAAAAUGCCUUAAUGUCAAAAUCAGCCUCUGGUUUCUGACGAUGGAGACUUUGGAUUAUAAAUUCCUUUCUUUUCUGCCACUUUGCAAAUGAAAAUGCAGACCAAACAAGAUGCAAAAGGCUGACGGAGACGGAUCCUGUAAUAUCAGGAGAAAUAAAAUAACCCUGAUGGACACGAUGCAAAAAUCAAGACGACGACGCAGCCACAUCUUAAAUCCCCAAAAGACACAGAGAUUGUCUUUUUCAAUGAUGUCAUUACUCAUAGUUUAACCACUAAAAGAAGAUGACAAAGAACUCGAAGGAACGAGAGGAAAUGAAGACACAAAAGGACAACUGUGGUUUGGAAAAAACAAAGAAGAGGCGUUUAUCUUCGUUGUUUUAUUGCACUGUUCAUUCCAUAAUGUGAACCAUGAGAAAUUCCAAAGCUCUGGGAAAAAAAAAACACAUAACUCUGUAGGUUAUUUAAUAGUUUUGGAUAAAGUUAUAUCAUCUGAGAUGUCUUAUGAAGCCUCUGACUCAACUCAAAGGCAGAGAUACUGUAGAGUUGUUUUCUUAUGAAGUUAAUCUGUAGGCAGGAUACGGUUAUUCUGCUGCUCAGUGUCUUAAAAACAGUCAUUCUUACACUCAUACAAAGCAACGACAAACUGUGUAUGCACCACUAGUAUUGAUUACUGUAUAUUCCUGUUCAUAUUGGAGACUAAAGGAGUGUUCAUUCUGCCGCAGCACCACUGAGGACCAUUGUAUUGUUUUAUAGUAGCAAUAAUGUUAAUGCACUUAACGACGACACCCAAAGACGAUGCCUUAAAGCAGCCUGCACUCCCCAUGAGACUGUACAGAGGCAACACGAGGGACCAGCAUGGACACUGCUCUCACAGUGACUCAACUCUUAAAGAACCUGUGGAUUCUCCUGAACAUCAUAUAUGCAGAUUUUUGUAUCCUGUUUGUUUAGAGUACAAAGACCUGGCCUGGUUUGAAUGUUUUCUUCGUUAUCUAAUUAAUCUGUUUAUGAGUUUGAGGAUUCAUCAGUCUAAUUAAGUGAAACUGAAGUAUUGUGUUCUGUUUGAGGUAAACUUGAGGCUCUUUUCUGCAUCUCUCCUUAGCAGCAGCUCCUCAAAAGGAUGUUAUCAAAGCUAAUUCAUGCUUGGAAUAGGGAUGUUUGAGAUGUAGAAAAAACAAUUUACUAAUAUUCUUUAAUUUGGAUGGCAUCAGAUUUUAGCAAUUUUUUUCCUAUCUAGUUGCAAGAGUCUUGAUUUUCUUCUGCAGUUAUUUUAUCACCCCUAUAAUUUGUAUUUGGUGAUAUACUGUAUAUACAAUUCUUUCAACAUGACAUGCAGAGAUUUAUGAGGAAAGAAAAUUCUUAUUUGGCUGGCCACACUCCACAUGAUUUUCAAAUUUUAAACCAUUUAAUAAACGUGGGACACCACAGACAGGGCAGUUUAAACAGUUUUCAUCCUUUAGUUCUUUGAGCCUACACCUGAAAUGAUUUGGCCAGACCAUGAGACCACACACCUGCGGUCUGGAUCUCAAAGUGAGGAUUCCCUACACAAGAGAUCUCACAGAAACUUGCGUGAUAAAACGUGACUUCUAAAGAAAAACAAACAUGGAGGACAACUGAAAUCCUUGACUGGUUGUCCUAGAUUGCAUUAAGCCCAAAACACGAUGGCCCCAUGAUGUUGCAUGGUGCCUGAAGUGCCACCCUAAGCACACACCGGCUGCAGUCCCCAACUCCCCAUAAGCCACUGCUGGGCCAGGCUUAUGAUACCAGCAGCAAGAGCCCACUUGGGGCCUGCCUUACUUGUUAAAUUAAAAAAAAAAGAUCAGAGAAGUGGACCUUAGACGAAUGGAAGAUGGCGCUAAAUUUCUUCUUCUGUUCUCUCAAAGAGAGCUGCAACUUUGCAGCUGAGAUGUACAAAUCAGCUGGACUUAGGAAAAUACUCUGCUGGGAAUAAAGCAGUGGUAUAAAGUGCUGAUGGAUGCGUCUGGCCACUGCCAGUGUCUUUUGUUUUCUUAUGUAGAAAGUACUGGAUACAAUUAUUUGGACUUCUGUCAGACAGUACUGGUGUGUUUUGGGCUUUACAGUUGCAUCAAAAAUUAAAAAACAAGAAAAAGUCUUUAGUGAAAUCCAUGCUGAGAUGAAGGUAUGGUUGUGUUCACAUUUGCGAGCUGUAAAAGUUACUAGCAUCUGGUUGGUGAUGCGACUUUAUCAUGUUGCUUUUACGGAUGGUUGUGGGUGUCAAUCAGGGGCAAUCCAACUAAGAGUUGAAAGUAUUUACAUAUUUUUAUUUGUAUUUGGUCACAUUAUGGUCUGAUGAACCUUGUGUCAGAGCAGGCAAAUCUGGCAUAAAGUCCGGCCUUUAAGUCUUGUAGUGUUUAGUGUGUGGAGUCGACUCAUUUGUAAGUCAUGCCACCCUCAGUCAGACUGUACAUUAUUUGGCAUGAAGUGUGCAUGGAACAGCUGCACUCGACUGGUCAGGUGGACUUCUGACAUGUUUUAUGUUUUGGUCUUAAUGACUGCACACACUCCCACAAUGAAAGCAGAGCCACGAGCAGAAUCCUCAACUUUGGAGUAUUUUUUCCUCUCUAAAUUGUCGGACAAUGUCUUAAAUCACCACAACAACAGCAGGAAUGAUUUUCUAAUUUUCUUUUUCUAAUGUGUUUUGGAGAACCUCUGUGGAAUUGUUACAACAAAAAGCAGGUGUUUGCUCUUUGCAGUCUGGCCAAAUCAUCCAGCGUGUACGUUCAGAGAAUUAUAACAUGAAAAAUCACCUAAAACUCUCCUUUUAUCUGUGGCCUACCAAAUUUUUUUAAAACUGGUUAAGGCUUAGACACAUGUACUGUGUUGUCAGCCUUUGUCAGGAGGUUGUAUUAUAGUCAUAUUAAGCUGAGAAAGUCAAUUUUCAUGCAAAAAUACUCUGUUCUAUCAAGGCGUUAUUGGCCAAACUAACAUCUCCUGAGCUUGUGUUUAGAUGCAGCUUCAUAAACCUGUAAAAAACGAUUCAACCAGCUAAAGAAAGUUCUGUAAGCCUGGCAUCUGAAUAGGAAAUACUCAAUAGGAUACUCUUUAGUAUUGUAUGUCAGACUCUGGGCAUGUUCUGCCCAUCAGAAGGCCUUACAGCUUAAAUCAAACAUCCCAGUAGGCAUUAUUUAGAAGAAGCUGCAUGGAGGACGAUUGCUGCUCUGUGAUUGGUGCGCCUGAGAAGUGUGUCAUUAGUUUAGUGUUUGUUUAUAGUGUUAUAAACAAUAUGCUGAGUCUGUUACACAGCGUGCCCAGCUGGUGCAUGUGGUGUCUAUGAAGUAACCGUAGUGUGACGUAUCUUCAGUGUUUGUGAGCGAGAGGGAGUCCGCAUCAUGUGUUAAAAGAAUCGCUGCGUCUGUGUUUGUCUGUGUUAAAUACUGUAAAUGACCUCUCUGUAUUAUAUCCCUGUAGCGGUUUGAUUCUGUGUCUUACACAGAGGCCAGUCUCGCCUCAACUCUUAAUUCCUUUUAUUACUGAUGUCAUUUGUACCUUUUUCUUCUUAAAGAAAAAAAAAACACUGUAAAUAGAAACUUAAAGACCAAAAUACACAAAGCACACGGCGGUGCCUUAAUGCAUUCAGUAGUCUGUUUGUGUAUUGGUAACUCUUAACUAACUGGACUUACAGUAUCUCUGUAUCUAUAAACAUUGACUUUGAAAUCUUUGUUUCAUGCUAUUCUUUAUCAUUUACCUUUAUAUGUGUUAUUUCUCUACACAUUUCCUCCAUGUGUAUGUAUAGAAAGAUUGUCUAUUUUGUACUUUGUAUUUUUGUCUUUUCCUCUUGAUUAAAAAAAGUUAU